AUGGCCACCUGCAAGGCUCUAUUGGAAAAAAGAGCAGCCAGUAGUCAUACCACAAGGCAAUCAUUGGUCCCCUCAACUCCUCAAAGAAUAGAGACACCACCACAACAACUUCCAGGGCCUUCAUCUUUAAUCAGAGAGAGAUCCUUAUCUAUCUCAAGGCAGAGAGAUCCCUUUGUUUCCGGGCAUCAUCCAGCCGUUGUCCAAUAUCAUUCCAGAUCUUCCUCAGCUGAAAUGGAGUCACCUGGUAUUCCAGGCCCCUCAACUAUGAACAGAGAAAGAUCUUUAUCUAUUCCAAGGCAGGGAGAUACUUUGGGUUCUGUGGAUUCUCCAGCUGGUCUUCAAUAUCAUUCAAGAUCUACCUUGGUGGAAAUGGAAUCACCUGGGAAGUUAUCCAUUACAAGGCAGAGAGCUUCCUCAGGUUCUGGAAAUUCUUCAGCCUCAGGUCAACAUCAUUCCAGAUCUUCAUCUGUCAAAAUGCAAUCACCUGGGCCCUCAUUUAUUUCAAGGAAAAGAUCAACAUCAAUUUCCCCCAGGUCACUCUACAGUAUGAGUCAUAUUGACAUUGCUCAUUUAGAUAAGUCCAGGCCUUCUUCAGUUGGAACGCAAUCACCACCCUCAUUUAUUCCACGUCAAAGGUCCACCUUAAAUUCACCCACAUCACUCUACAACAUGCCAAGGCAAAGCUCUACACGUAUUUCACCUGUCUCACCCUACAAUACAACGCCAGCAGGAAUGGACAAUUCAAAUAUAUCACUGGAAAAUAGUCUCAAUCAGACUGGUUCAUCAGUGUCUGAUGGACCCUCAUCAGAAGCUGAAAACUUUGAAAAUAUGAUGGAGCAAGUCAUUAAUGAUGAACUUGGAGAUGAUGAAGAGAACUGGGAGGAUGUGGUGUAUUACGGACCAAGUACCAAAUACACCUCAUCUUUUAAACAAGGCACCAGCAAAAAAGGGUUUCAAAUAAAUGAUGAUUUGUACCCAUUUGAAACAUUGGAGAACAUCAUUUCUGUGAUGUGUUAUGGUAAAGCACACAACUUGCUUUCUCAAACACAACAUGAGACAGUACGCAGCGCAGUACAUUUAAAAUUGAUUAGUGGUCAGUCCCGAGAUUGGAGUGAAACAAAAAGGGUGUCCGAGCAGGUCUGGAAUGACUCACUGAAACCAAAUAUGAUUUCCAAAGUGGAUGCUUUGCAAAAGUCUUAUGGUUUAAAAGACACAAUGUUACAGCCGUUCAUUGAUAAAUACAGAAAACUUUAUCGUGAGGAAGGUCCAGCUAAGGCAAAAACUUUUGCUAUGCAGUGUCAGAGUAGGCUUGGUGACAGGAUGUGGAAUCCAUAUUUCAAACUGGAUGUCUCACGGCAUGAUUUUGGUGGAGGCCUGGUUUGGAAUGAAACCCAUGGAAAGUGGACCAAAGGCGGAUCCAAAUUGGAGGCUCUCCAGCAGGAUGGAAAGGUGAUUGAUAAUACAUUUGGGUUCAAGCUUUGCCAGUGGGAAGAAAUUAUGAAUUCAAACUUGACAUACUAUGAGCCAGGGUUUAAAACACACCAGAAAUUUACAACCGCUCAGAAUUUCCUUUCUUUGCAUGGGGAUAUUUUGGAGGUUGUCCCCUCUACUCUUCUAAAAAAAGGACAACAAGUGGAAAAUGGGGACUUUGUGAGCCUAAUGACUCCAUACAUGAACCCUCCAAAAUGGACUGGGCAGAUACGCACAAUAUGGUCACCAAAGUAUUCCACAGAGGAUCACACUUCUCCAAUCAUUUCACUUGAAUGGGGUUCAAUGUCAAAUGGCUACCAUUCUUUCUAUGGCAUGCAAUCGCUCAAGAUUGAUCCCAAUUAUGUGGUCUCUCUAUACCUUGAUGAAGUGAGGUGUUCAAUCAAUGUUCAGCAUAAUUGUUAUGACUCCCAGUGUCAGACAGGAAGAGCACAGGACAUCACAGAACAUCAAAUCUGUGAACCAGCAGCACCUUUGCAAACACUUGUUCACAAGAACUCAUAUCUUUUUAUUGUAAACAGUGGCACCCUGUACAACAGUCAGGCACACUAUGAAUGGGCUCAUAUUGAACCAGAACAAGUCACUCCGGAAGCUUGGUCUCAAGCAAUACAUUGUGGGAUAAGACGUUGGAAAGAAGAAGGGAAAAAAAGCUAG